UUAGGGCAGAAGCGCGCGCGCCCACACACAUGUUGGUUAAAUGUGAAACUAAACGUCGGCAUUCCCUCUCCAAUGUCGACGCAACAUCUGCGACCUCUGCCUCUUCCCAAUCCGUUGCUCUGUUGUAAACUGCGUGUUUCUCUCAAUGCAACACGCUCUUCUUCUUUGAAACGAUGUUCAUCCCAGAAUGGAGCAAAGGCAAUUUUGACCUUAGAAGAACUUCCUCCUAAUGCCCUUCGCCGCAAGAAAGACCCACAAUGGAGAGGAGGCUUCAGCCUCGGACUCGACCUGGGAUUGGCUCGCACAGGCCUUGCCCUCAGUAAAGGCUUCACUGUUCGUCCUUUGACGGUUUUGGAAUUGCGAGGGCAGAAGCUUGAGGUCCAGCUUCUUAAGAUUGCUGAACAGGAGGAAGCUGAUGAGUUUAUUGUUGGACUUCCUAAAUCUUCUGAUGGGAAGGAGACACCACAAUCAAACAAAGUUCGCAGCAUUGCAGGAAGGCUUGCAGUUCGAGCUGCAGAGAGGGGUUGGAGAGUGUAUCUACAGGACGAACAUGGGACAACAACGGAAGCAACAGAUCGAAUGAUUAACAUGGGCCUCAGUAAGUCCACACAGCAAAGGAAACUUGAUGCUUUUGCUGCCAUGAUGGUACUGGAGAGAUAUUUCCACUUGUCAGGUGAGGGUGUUGAACUUGUAUUGCCGAAGAAUCUUGAUCUGCAAGAAAAACUUCAGAGGGGUCCUCCCAAAGACAUUGAUUUCUUGGAUGAACUUGAGGGCUGAAGAGUGAUCUCAGAGAGGUGGUGACAUGGGAUGAAGCCUUUGAAAACCGUGCUGUCAUUCAUGCUUGAGAAACUACGCACGAACGAGCAGAAAAGAAAGACUUAAAUGUUUUAACAAUCGUUCAUCAGCUUGAAAGAAUUCCAGAGGUUUUAAUCUGGAAACGGAAAAACGGAGGGUGAAACUAGGAGGAAGUAACCAUUCACAGCUGUCAUUUGAAAAGCUGUACGAAUGUUAUUCUUUCAAGUCCUAAACGUUGCAAUCUAUGUAACCAUAUUUGCUGUGAUUAAAAAAAUUGGUUAAGUUAUUUGUGAAAAAUGUGAUCAACUCGAGUCUGAA